GCCUAAGUCUCGAGCUCUAGCUGGUAACGAGACGUACGCGCUCCGGUUCUUCAGUACCAGCGGCCGCCAUCGUCGCCGUUUGAUUCCUUUGGGCACAUCUACGCCAUUCACCCGCCACACACUCCACCGUCAUAAGCCGCCGUCAUGGUGAAGCUCGCAAAGGCUGGUAAAAAUCAAGGUGAGUCCAAGAAAAUGGCUCCUCCUCCAAAGGAGGUAGAAGAAGAUAGUGAAGAUGAGGAAAUGUCAGAUGAAGAAGAUGAAAGCAGUGGAGAAGAGGUUAUCAUUCCUCAGAAAAAAGGCAAGAAGGCUACAACUCCAGGAAAGAAGGUGAUGGUUUCCCCAACAAAAAAGAUUGCAGUUGCCACACCAGGCAAGAAAGCAGUAGUCACCCCUGGCAAAAAGGCAGUGGCUGUGCCAACCCCUGGCAAAAAGGCAGCAGUUACACCAGCCAAAGCAUUAGCCACACCUGGUAAGAAGGGAGGCACACCAGGCAAAGCAUUGGUAGCAACCCCUGGUAAGAAGGGAGCAGCCACCCCAGUCAAGGGAGCAAAGAACGGCAAGAAUGCCAAGAAGGAAGAUAGUGAUGAGGAUGAUGAUGAUGACAGUGAAGAGGAGGAUGACGACGAUGAGGAGGAUGAGGAUGAAGAUGAGGAUGAAUUUCAGCCAGCAGUGAUGAAAGCUACUGCUGCUGCUCCUGCCUCAGAUGAUGAGGAUGAUGACGAAGAUGAAGACGAAGAUGAGGAUGAGGAUGAUGACGAAGAAGAUGACUCUGAAGAAGAACCUAUGGAGAUUGCACCAGCCAAAGGCAAGAAAGCUCCCGUUAAAGCUGUUCCUGUGAAGUCUAAGAGUACAGCUGAGGAUGAAGAUGAAGAGGACGAUGAGGAUGAUGAAGAGGAUGAUGAAGAUGACGAAGAGGACGAUGAAGAUGAUGAUGAGGAGGAGGAUGAGGAAGAGGAGGAGGAAGAACCUGUCAAAGAAGCACCUGGAAAACGAAAGAAGGAAAUGGCCAAACAGAAAGCUGCUCCUGAGGCCAAGAAACAGAAAGUGGAAGCCACAGAACCAACUACGGCUUUCAAUCUCUUUGUUGGAAACCUGAACUCUAGCAAGUCUGCUCCUGAACUAAAAACGGGUAUCAGUGAUGUUUUUGCUAAAAAUGAUCUUGCUGUUGUGGAUGUCAGAAUUGGUGUGUCCAGGAAGUUUGGCUAUGUGGAUUUUGAAUCUGCUGAGGACCUGGAAAAAGCCUUAGAACUCACUGGUUUAAAAGUCUUUGGCAAUGAAAUUAAACUAGAAAAACCAAAGGGAAAAGACAGUAAAAAAGAUCGAGAUGCAAGAACACUUUUGGCAAAAAAUCUGCCUUAUAAAGUUACUCAGGACGAAUUAAAAGAAGUGUUUGAAGAUGCUAUGGAAAUCAGAUUAGUCAGCAAGGAUGGAAAAAGUAAAGGGAUUGCUUAUAUUGAAUUUAAGACAGAAGCUGAUGCAGAGAAAACCUUGGAAGAAAAGCAAGGAACAGAAAUAGAUGGGCGAUCCAUUUCUCUGUACUAUACUGGAGAGAAAGGUCAAAAUCAAGACCAUAGAGGUGGAAAGAACAGCACGUGGAGUGGUGAAUCAAAAACUCUUGUUUUAAGCAACCUUUCCUACAGUGCAACAGAAGAAACUCUUCAGGAAGUAUUUGAGAAGGCAACAUUUAUCAAAGUGCCCCAGAACCAAAAUGGCAAAUCUAAAGGGUAUGCAUUUAUAGAAUUUGCUUCAUUUGAAGAUGCUAAAGAAGCUUUAAAUUCCUGUAAUAAAAGAGAAAUCGAGGGCAGAGCAAUCAGACUGGAAUUGCAAGGACCCAGAGGAUCGCCUAAUGCAAGAAGCCAGCCAUCCAAAACUCUAUUUGUCAAAGGUCUGUCUGAGGAGACUACGGAAGAGACAUUGAAGGAGUCAUUUGAUGGCUCUGUCCGGGCAAGGAUAGUCACUGACCGGGAGACGGGCUCUUCCAAAGGGUUUGGUUUUGUAGACUUCAACAGUGAGGAAGAUGCCAAAGCCGCUAAGGAGGCCAUGGAAGAUGGUGAAAUUGAUGGAAACAAAGUUACUUUGGACUGGGCCAAGCCUAAGGGUGAAGGUGGCUUCGGGGGUCGUGGUGGAGGCAGAGGUGGCUUUGGAGGCAGAGGUGGUGGCAGAGGAGGCCGAGGUGGAUUUGGUGGCAGAGGCCGGGGAGGUUUUGGAGGUCGAGGAGGCUUCCGAGGAGGCAGAGGAGGAGGAGGAGACCAUAAGCCACAAGGAAAGAAGACAAAGUUUGAAUAGUUUCUUCUAUCCCCGUCUUUCCCUCUUCCAUUUGAAAAAGAAAGGACUCUGGUGUUUUUACUCUGUUACCUGAUCAAUGACAGAGCCUUCUAAGGACAUUCCAAGACAGUAUACAGUCCUGUGGUCUACUUGGAUAUCCAUUUAGAUAACAUUUCAAAGGAGAUACCCUGUUGGUUUUGACUGGAUAUUCGUAUAAACUUUUUAAAGAGAUGAGUGGUAGAGCUAACCCUUAUCUGUAAGUUUUGAAUUUAUAUUGUUUCUUCCCGUGUACAAAACCAUUUUUUUCCUACAAAUAGUUUUUUUUUGUGUGUGUGUUGGGGUAUAAAGGAAAGCAGAAUGUUUUAUCAUAAUUUUGCUUCAGCAGCUAUGGGACAAAUUAAAAGUCCUAAACUCUG